AUGUUAGCCUCAGGUCAAUUAGACCGGCCUGUCAUCCUCCUCGAGGACAAAACCACGACGAAAUGGGACUGGACCUCCGCCCGCCUCAUCAGCACCUUUCAUACCAUGAAAUACGGAGUUUUCCUCUCCCUCCUUCCCAUUCUCCUGACUCGGGCAUCUGCCACCGCCGUUUUCCGCCCAAAACUACCAAAGAAUCCUCACGCUGAACACCGCACUCCAAGCCGGCUGACUAACAACCCAUACUGGGACCAGAGCGUUUACGAGCUCGAAGUCGAUCAAGUCCUACUCCCUCAGACUCUCAACGACACGGGCGACGAAGGCGAUGGAGAUAUCUGGGACUGCUCUAUGCCGCCGGAGGAGCCAUCAACCGCCGACGUACGACGCAAGCACUCGGAGGGGAAAGCGCGGGCUAGGAUGACUGCGAUGAAGCACAGGCACAAGGACAGGGUUAACCAUGAGAUUCAGGUUCUGGUUGCAGCGGAGAGGGGUGUAGGCGAUGACCAGGACCGAAACGGCGACGAGGAAGGAACGCAAGAUAGCGCACCGUGGUGGAGCCGGGGAAAGGGAGGGCUUCACUGGAAACGAGACGAGGAGACGGGAGAGGUUAAUGUGGUUGAUUCGGACGCAUAA